UGAAAUUUUACACUGGUGUCACUACUCAGAGUCAGUAGAAAACGAGAGCGCGGGAAAAUUGGAGAGUGAGAGAGAGCAAUGCCGGAGCUACCGGAGGUGGAGGCGGCGAGGAGGGCGGUGGAGGAGAACUGUAUCGGGAAGAAGAUAAUCAAGUGCAUCGUCGCCGACGAUUCCAAAGUCAUCGACGCUGUUUCCCCCUCCGAUUUCCAAGCUUCCGUCGUCGGAAAGACCAUCGUCGCUGCUCGCCGGAAGGGCAAGAACAUGUGGCUUCAACUCGAUUCCCCUCCUUUUCCUUCCUUCCAAUUCGGCAUGGCUGGUGCUAUAUACAUAAAGGGGGUUGCAGUCACACAGUAUAAAAGGUCUGCCGUAAAUGAUAAGGAUGAAUGGCCUUCCAAAUAUUCAAAGUUUUUCAUUGAGUUAGAUGAUGGUCUGGAGUUGUCUUUCACUGACAAAAGGCGAUUUGCUAGAGUUCGACUGCUCAAAGAUCCAACAUCAGUGCCUCCUAUAUCUGAGCUUGGUCCUGAUGCACUUUUUGAACCCAUGACACUUGAGGAGUUUUCCAAGUCCUUGCACAAGAAGAAAACUGAAAUCAAGGCUUUAUUACUUGAUCAAAGCUAUAUUUCAGGUAUUGGAAAUUGGGUCGCAGAUGAAGUACUAUACCAAGCAAGAAUUCAUCCGCGGCAGGUAGCUUCUAGCCUGUCUGAAGAAAACUGCUCAACUUUGUCCAAGUGCAUUAGAGAGGUUAUUCAAUUGGCGGUUGAAGUUGAUGCUGACUCUUGCCGUUUUCCUCUUGAAUGGUUAUUUCAUUUUCGAUGGGGAAAAAAGCCUGGAAAAAUAAGUGUUGAAGUUGGAGCAGAUAGUAGUCAGUAUCCCACUAGUUGGAUAUUUCAUUCACGUGAAAAGAAGCCCGGCAAGGCUUUUGUUGAUGGGAAAGAAAUUGACUUCAUCACAGCUGGUGGCAGGACAACUGCUUACGUGCCAGAGUUGCAAAAGCUAAGCGGGUCACAAGAUGUAAAAGAAACUGCUAAGCCUAAAAGGCAAACCUCGAAGAAAUUAAAGGGAGCUGAUGAUAACAAUGAUGACAUUGAGAAACCGACGCCCGGGAAAGAGGAGAAUUCGGGAACUCUCAAAUCAAAGAAAGGGACAAAGACUGGAGCUAGAGGAAGGAAGCCUUCCAAAAGGAAAAAGUCUGAGGAAAGUGAGGAUGACAAUGAUGGUGAUGCUGCUACUGAUGAAGAUGAUGAUAUGGAUCAAGCUGAAAAGAAGAAACCAGACCAUAGGGGUGCUAGAAGGAAAGCUAAGUAGAAACUAUAAACUACUGGGGUUGCAUGGUUUUGCCAUCACUGUGAUCAAACUAGAACGACAGAAAGAUGGUUUAUCGUAUUCAUGCAACUCAGGUUCGCUGUUGUUUUGUACUUAUUAUCUAUUGGCUGUGCUUCCAGAAAUUAUGGCUACUUUUCAAUUUCCGCAUGUUAACCGAAAAAAUGUAAGGUUUUCAGCCUUCAGUUUUUGCAGCUACUGUAAAGUUUUAGAGCUUGUCAAUGCAGCUCCUACUGAUUUAGCCUGUCUUUAUUUUAAUCAAUUGCCUGAAAACAUUUAGAUAUCCUUCACAAGUUC